AGUGCUGAGAGCCGGUCCUGCCGUGGGAGCGAUGGCCGCAGGGAAGCACCCGGCCGUGCUGGGCUCCGGGAGUCCGCGCAAGCCGUGGCGACUGCCCGCCGACGGACACCCCGCACCGGGCUGCUACCUGAGGUGAGCGACGCGGAGCUAUCGGCAGCAGCGGCGCUGACUCUGCGGUCCUCGCCGUGCUUUUUGCGCGUGCAGGUAUAUUGGGAGCGGGCGGGGGGAGCGGAUGGGGCUGGCUGCGUAACACCUGGAAAAGAGGCUCGAGCACCGGUUUCAGCGGCCUCACAGCAGCCCUUAAUUUCAGUAAUAGCUUCAGUAUUGACUACAACAAACGCCUUGGGGCUCACGGAGUUUUUAUUCGUAGCCGGCCUAUUAGAAAAUUUUACUUGGUUUAAAGAGAACACAUGCCUGUUUCAACAGCAACUGUAUUCACUGCCAUAUGUGCUGAUGAAAGCCGGUAAAUUUUUCCAUAACCUUAUGGAGAAAAAGGACUUUGAAGCAUGGCUUGAUAACAUUUCUAUUGCAUUUCUUUCUCUGACGGACUUGCAGAAAAAUGAAACUCUGGAUCACCUGAUUAGCUUGAGUGGAGCAGUCCAGCUCAGGCACCUCUCCAAUAAUCUAGAGAUUCUACUCAAGAGGGACUUCCUCAAACUUCUUCCAUUGGAACUUAGUUUUUAUCUGUUAAAAUGGCUUGAUCCACAGACCUUACUCACAUGUUGCCUCGUCUCUAAGCAGUGGAACAAGGUGAUAAGUGCCUGUACAGAGGUGUGGCAGACUGCGUGUAAGAAUUUGGGUUGGCAGAUAGAUGACUCUGUUCAGGAUCCUCUACAUUGGAAGAAGGUUUACCUAAAAGCUAUUUUAAGGAUGAAGCAACUGAAGGACCACGAAGCCUUUGAGACAUCCUCUUUAAUUGGACACAGUGCCAGAGUAUAUGCACUUUACUAUAAAGAUGGACUUCUGUGUACAGGAUCAGAUGACUUGUCUGCAAAACUGUGGGAUGUAAGCACAGGUCAGUGCAUAUAUGGUAUCCAGACACACACUUGUGCUGCAGUGAAGUUUGAUGAACAAAAGCUUGUAACAGGAUCUUUCGAUAACACAGUAGCCUGUUGGGAAUGGAGCUCUGGGGCAAAGACACAGCAUUUCAGAGGACAUACUGGUGCAGUUUUUAGUGUGGAUUACAAUGAUGAACUUGAUAUUCUGGUCAGUGGCUCUGCAGACUUCACUGUGAAAGUGUGGGCCUUAUCAACAGGAACGUGCCUGAAUACCCUUACUGGACACACAGAAUGGGUCACUAAGGUCGUUUUGCAGAAAUGCAAAGUCAAAUCUCUUAUGCAUAGUCCUGGGGAUUAUAUUCUCCUAAGUGCAGAUAAGUAUGAAAUCAAGAUUUGGCCUAUUGGAAGGGAAAUAAACUGUAAAUGCUUAAGAACACUGUCUGUUUCCGAAGACCGCAGCAUCUCCCUACAGCCCAGGCUGCACUUUGAUGGUAAAUACAUAGUGUGCAGUUCAGCACUAGGAUUGUACCAGUGGGACUUUGCCAGCUAUGAUAUUCUCAGGGUUAUCAAACCUCCAGACUUCUCAAAUGUGUCAUUGCUGGGCUUUGGAGAGAUAUUUGCUCUACUGUUUGACAACAGAUACCUGUACAUAAUGGACUUGAGGACAGAAAAACUGAUAAGCCGCUGGCCUUUACCAGAAUAUAGAAAGUCAAAGAGAGGUUCAAGCUUCUUGGCCGGUGAAAUGUCUUGGUUAAAUGGACUAAAUGGCCAAAAUGAUACGGGCUUGGUUUUUGCCACCAGUAUGCCAGACCAUAGUAUCCAUUUGGUCUUAUGGAAAGAACAUGGCUGAAAAGUUCACACGUACUGAAUCUUCAGGAAUUCAUGGCCUAUCAGCAGUGUGUCCAUAAAACGAGACUUUGCAUGAACCAAAGUUGCACAUCCAAUGGUAUCAUCAUGCAAUGCACAAUCAUUUACUUUUAUUUGGGCAUUUGGGAAUGGGUUGUUUUGGAAAUAAUGCAAUGCAGCAUGCUAACAGUAUUCACCACAAAUUUUUGUCUAUAUUCAUGUUUAAAUAUACCUAUUUGGGCUCUGAA